UGAUUGCUACCCAAAGAGAAUCUUUUCUGGCUCCCUGACCGGCAGGCUGAGGCCCUCCUCAGUCCAAGAUAAGUCCAAGCCGGAGCUGGAGCUGGGAGGGUUAUCCGUGUCAGGUUCAGUUCCAGAGGGAUAGUUCUAGACCCUGACUGCUAAGGACAGGGCAGAAAAGAGUCAGGAGAGGAAAAAGAGCUCAACUCCUAGCCCAGCCACACAGGCUGCUUAUUCCAGCCCAAGUUGAAGAAGGGCUCUCUCUACACUGUUGGCUUUCCCACAGGGAUACCUGCUCUCACCUUGGCAGCCAGGCUGAGAAAGGACUCCAAGGUCCCUCUGCAGAAUGACAACUCUUGUUCCUGCAACCCUCUUCCUUCUCUGGACCCUGCCAGGGCACGUCCUCCUCAGUGUGGCUUUGGCAAAAGAGGAUGUCAAAUCUGGGCCCAAAGGGUCCCAGCCCAUGUCCCCCUCUGAUUUCUUGGAUAAGCUAAUGGGACGAACAUCUGGAUAUGAUGCCAGGAUUAGGCCCAAUUUCAAAGGCCCACCUGUGAAUGUGACCUGCAACAUCUUCAUCAACAGUUUUGGCUCCGUCACUGAGACCACCAUGGACUACCGGGUAAAUGUCUUCUUGCGGCAACAGUGGAAUGACCCACGUCUGGCCUACCGAGAAUAUCCUGAUGACUCUCUGGACCUAGACCCCUCCAUGCUCGACUCUAUCUGGAAGCCAGACCUCUUCUUUGCCAAUGAGAAAGGGGCCAACUUCCAUGAGGUGACCACAGACAACAAGUUACUACGUAUCUUCAAGAAUGGGAAUGUGCUCUACAGUAUCAGAUUGACCCUCAUUUUGUCCUGCCCAAUGGACCUCAAGAACUUCCCAAUGGACAUCCAGACCUGCACAAUGCAGCUGGAAAGCUUUGGCUACACGAUGAAUGACCUCGUGUUUGAGUGGCUAGAAGAUGCUCCUGCUGUCCAAGUGGCUGAGGGGUUAACACUUCCCCAAUUUAUCUUGCGGGAUGAGAAGGAUCUAGGUUACUGUACCAAGCACUACAACACAGGAAAAUUCACCUGCAUAGAAGUGAAGUUUCACCUGGAGCGGCAGAUGGGCUACUAUCUGAUUCAGAUGUACAUUCCUAGCCUACUCAUUGUUAUCCUGUCCUGGGUCUCCUUCUGGAUCAACAUGGAUGCUGCUCCUGCCCGCGUAGGCCUCGGCAUCACCACUGUCCUCACCAUGACAACCCAGAGCUCUGGAUCUAGAGCUUCUUUGCCUAAGGUAUCCUAUGUGAAGGCGAUUGACAUCUGGAUGGCAGUCUGCCUGCUCUUUGUAUUCGCUGCCUUGCUUGAGUAUGCUGCAGUCAAUUUUGUCUCUCGUCAACACAAAGAAUUUUUGAGACUUCGUAGAAGGCAGAGACGCCAACGCAUGGAAGAAGACAUCAUACGAGAAGGCCGCUUCUAUUUUCGUGGCUAUGGCCUAGGACACUGCCUACAAGCAAGGGAUGGAGGUCCAAUGGAAGGUUCCAGUAUUUAUAGUCCCCAACCUCCAGCCUCUCUUCGAAAGGAGGGAGAAACCAUGAGAAAAGUCUAUGUGGACCGAGCCAAGAGAAUUGACACUAUCUCCAGGGCUGUCUUCCCCUUUACUUUUCUUGUCUUCAAUAUCUUCUAUUGGGUUGUCUAUAAAGUUCUAAGGUCAGAAGAUAUCCACCAGGCACUGUGAAUAGGGUGGAGGCUAUAGUGUACAGCUUCUGGCCUCCUGCUUUCAGCUGGGUGGGCUUUUCCCUUCCAUCCAACUCUGUCGGGAACUUGAACAGUUCCUUCUUGACCUCCCACUCAUAAGGUCAAUCAGCAGUCCCCAAGCUAUAUGGGAACUGCCUAGUGCUGACGGUGGCUGUACUUACACACAUGGCUUACCUACCCAUCCACAUUUACUGCUUACUCUGCCAUUUCUCAUCAUUUGUCCAUGGGCCUGACGCCAGAACGACUUUCUGUCAUUGCUGGGGAUCCUCUGUGAAGAAUAUUUAGACUACUGCAUUCUCGGCUUGUCUUCUUCAUCUUGUCCACUUCCAUUCAGAGUCUGCCCUGUAUUUGGCACUUUUCUCUCUCCCACUGCAAUCACAAAUAUGGAGUCCUUUCAGUCCACAGACCCUGCUCUGAAUGACCUAGUCAGAUGCCUUUCUGACAGAAAGACAAAGGCUUCACACUUCACAAGGUUGUUCCCCACUUCACAAGGAUGUGGCGGUCACAGGCUGCACCGGGCUAGAGCACUGUUACAUGGUCCAACAGAGAGAGGUUCACUUGGAGAAAAGCUAUCAUUUUCAGAAGUGGGGCAAGAACCUAGGACUCUCAGAAAGUCUACCCUCCCAGCUCUACCUAAACUUCCUUGUCCCAGACAUCUUUGUUCUAGUCCUUAAUCAAUUAGCAUGGCCACUGGUUUUGUUAUGCUGCUGGGUAGGAAAAAGGUGGUGGGGGGCUUAUUCCUUAAGAAAUGUAUUUGAUGAUCUAGGAAAGGGAGAUGAAAGGUGCUGACACCUAAGAAGAGUGGAGGACAGAAACAAUCUUUACAGAGCCUGUUACUGUUUUUCUUCCUUCUUUUUCUCCCAAGUCUCGUUACUUUCUAGGACCUUCUAACUUUCUCCUUGGCAAGCAAAUAAGGGUGCCAUGCCACUUUGUUCUGGAUAGUGUAGGCUGCAAAGUUCCUGAGGAGGAAAUGGGCAUGUAGUGGGUGUCCCUAUGGAGAUAUUUCUCAACCUACCUCGGGUAGUAGUUGCACAAGUUAGAGCUGUAUUGGGGGUUGUUUCUUUCCCCUUUUUGUGUUUCCCUAUCUUCUUCCAUAUGGUUCAGGUAAGGGUAUAGGAAAGGUCAGAAUAGAGUGGGUUAGUGUGUCACUCUGUGUCAUAGGGACGAAUGGGCCUGGUACAAUGAGUUCUUUGAAGUGAUCUGACUCUGAAGAACACACAAAGAUAAAAAGGUGAAGAUAGUAGUGGGGGCGCACAAACAAGUAACUGCUGACAAUAUGAUGGCCUUUUCUCUGCACCCAGAAUAAUUAUUAACUAUGUAACCUGAGCUCUCUCCCCUUCCUUCCAACUUUCCUCCUCCGUUCUCUCCCUAUCUCCCCCUCUUCUCUAUUUCAUCUCUGCCUUGGUACUUCACCCCACAAGUAUUCCUAAUCCAAAGUCAAUUAAGUCCAAUGGUCAAUGUAAAUUCUAUAGUACGAGGACAAGAUCAGCCUUCUUUCUCCAUUUUCAUACUGAUUUUGUCUUAUUCAUUGAAAUACUCUUUGGUCUCCCUUGAUUCUGAAGACCAAGGUAGCUG